AUUUCUUUAUUCUUACGCUUGGUUAUAAGUCCGAAGGUCGGAAUAGAAUCACCUUCUAAGGAUCAGAUAGAGGAGAAGGAGAAGGAGAAGGAGAAGAAGAAGAAGCUUUUUCAUUGGCCGUUUCUUCUAGGGUUGGAAUCACCAUUUUGUCACGCUCUUCUACUCUCUUUUCCUCCCAAAACCCUAGUACUCUUUCCAGUUUCAACACCCCAAUCUUGGGUUUUUUCGUUUUAAUCUCAAAAGUCCCGAAUUACAUGAACGUAGUCUCAAAUUUCAAUCUCAAUUGAUGCGGAUCCUCUAUUGGUGGCUUGAGCUGAAGAAUGUGCCUGUGCCUUUGUGGUUCUUUUAACAAAAUCCAACGUUGUACUAGAAUACAAUUCUAGUUUUAUAGGAUUUGAGAUGUAUGGUCAAGCAAAUUAUGCUUCUCAGUUUGGGCAGGGUCCUCAGAAACCGUGGCCACCUGCAUACCAACAGCGUGCAGGAGCGCCUCCUCCGCCUCCUCCUCCUACCUCAUAUGUUCAACCAGGCCCUCCAAUCCCAUCACAUCCUGUAACUCAACAAGCACCUGCGCCCCCACCUCAGGCUCAACCUCUACAUUUGUCUCAGCCGGGUUCCCAUGGCCCACCGCCUCCCUUCUGUCAGGGCCCAUCCAUUCAAGUGUUACCUGGCGGAAUUACGAAUAUCCGUCCAUAUUUUCACACGUUUCCACCAGCCCAUGGAAACACUCAAGUUUCUGUAUUUAACUCAAAUGCUCAGCAAAAUGUACAACUUUCACACUCGGGAGCUCAAAAUAUGCAUCAUGUUCUACCUCCGCCGCCACCACUACCACCACCACCACCACCCCCUCCACCCCCUUCUCAAGCUCCCAAUCCAGAUUUAUUACGGCCUCCGCAACCUUCUACUGUCGGAUCUCUUCAUCCUCCUUCACAAGGACAAGCUUUCUAUGGAGCUUUAACUCAUCAACCAUUGCAACAAGGUGGUUUGCAGGUCUUUCCCUCUAUUCCACCACACCCAACAACAUCCACUUUUCCUACUCCCUCAUCCAAUUUUCUUGGAGAUUCUCAUCUGCUUCCAAUGGCUCCUCCUCCUCCACCAUCCUCUCCGCCACCUAUUCCACCUUCUCCCCCUCCUCCCACCUCACCCUCUCCUUCAAUUCCACACCCAGAUUCUUCAAACUUAUCGCAUGGGUCUCACUUAGGUCCCAGUUCUACCGUUCAUUAUAGUAAAGACUUGAAGCCCUCUGAAAUUGAUCAAGGAGGUGCACCUCCCAGUCAUUUAGGGGAUAAUGGACCCAAGCAUGAAGAACAUGGAAACUUAGAAGUUGGUAGUGGCCUCAUGGUUUCUAAAGUGGACAAUGAGAUAUUGUCAGAUAAAGAUUAUGUGCAGGUUCUUCCUCCAUCUCCACCUAAGCCAAAAGAUGAUAGAAUUGUCAAGAAGAUAGAAGUGUUAUGUCAGCUCAUUGCUGAUAAUGGUCCCAGUUUUGAAGACACAACUCGACAAAAGGAAUUUGGUAAUCCAGAGUUUGAUUUUUUAUUUGGUGGUGAACCAGGAAGCGAAUCUGCAAUUGCCCAUGAAUAUUUCCUGAGGAUGAAGAUGAAAUAUAGUUUGGCUUCCAAAAAUAUAGAAAUAACAGAAAAAUCUCCAUUGAGAUAUUUAAGAAUUGAGCCACAGUCUGAGAAUUUGACAGCGUCAGCAGCAUCCCUUUCACCUGCAAACUCUGACAUGGAGAUGGAAGAUGACAUCACCGUAGCUGAUAUAGAAGAAGGAACUAGUCACUUGUUUGGAAUUCAAAGCUAUGAGUGCAAACCAAGAAAAGAAGAGCAUGAUGCAAGGGAUCUGGUACAAUUACAAAAACCUGAAGUUUUGAGAAGCUGCAGCCCUGAAAAGGAGAAGGUAGCUGAAGAUGGAGGGCCAAAACUUCUGCUCAACCACGAAAAAUCUGGCAGCAUUGCAGCUUGCCAAGUUCACAGCCCUGUCAGAAGUACUGCUGGAGUUGCUGGGCAUCCACCAGGAAACGAUUUUGAGAAUUCUCUUAUCAGCUUACAAAAUGACAAAGGUCUAGCCGGUGAAGUAGCAUCUUCCGCAGCCACUAUUUCUAGUCAGUCUACUGCACUUAUUACAGGUGGCAGCCCAUUUAGACUUAUACAGGACUAUGCGUCCGAUGAAAAUUCAGAAAGUGAUGAGGAUUCACACCAUACAGAUGUCCAUUUCGUCGCUAUCUCACCUUCCACUCCUGCUUAUUCCAAGACUUCUGGCAAAGACACUGGUGAUCUGACCACUCUUGGGUCAAAAGGUUCUUGCCAGGUUCAGUGGAGUUAUGUUCCACCUUGUGAAUUCUCAAUGCCCGAACCUGGUGCUCAGUUCCACUCAGAAUCACCAAAACAGGUUAUUGAUGCUACUGAGGCAAAUGUCCAAAAGACAGGGAAUGAACAAAGCUACAACGACCAACAUAAUCAAAUUGAUACUGUCACAGGUACGAAGUCUUUGGAUGCAAUGAAUGUUCGUAGUGUUGAUGUUCCCCAAGAUACUGACAAGUUACAAAAGGAAAAUGAUGCAGAAAAGGGGAGGUUGGGAUCGUCUCCUAUAAAGAUAGAUGAAUUUGGAAGAUUAGUCAGAGAAGGUGGCAGUGAUAGCGAUUCUGAUGAUUUACACUAUAGAAGGAGACAUAAGAGUAGAAGAUCUAGAAAUAGUAGUGAAAGCCGUUCUCCUGUCGAUAGAAGGAGGGGGCGAAGGAGUCCUCGGAGAAGAAGGGAGAGGCGAAGUCGUUCUCGCAGUUGGUCUCCUCGUAACCAAAGAGACAGAAGCAGAUCUCCUGUCGGCAGGCGUACAAGCCAGUUUAGUAAUGAGAAUAAGAGACGAGAUAAGGGUAUGGUACGGAAAUGUUUUGACUUUCAGCGAGGUAGGUGCUAUAGAGGAGCAUCUUGUCGCUAUGUGCACCAUGAACCCAACAAGAACGAUGGUCCAAGAUUUCAUAGGAGCAAACAUCACGAUGUUCAUCCAACUUCCAAGAAUAUAAAGAUAAGAGAGGACACUAUGAACAUGUCUAGGGAAGUAUCAGAUCUUGGGCAUACUAAAGUUGAGAAUCAGGAGAGCAUCCUGCACAAUGUAUCCCCAAAAAAGGAUACUCAUGACUGGAAGACAGAUAGUCCUACUGGUGAUCCAGAUUCAUUUGUAACUAAGUGUCAAAGUUCGAGCGACAGAACUGGCUUAGUUCAGGAUGCAUUAAUUUGUUCAGAACCAGCUGAGGCCAUCCACGUUCAUGCCAACGAUGAUGGUCAAGAAGCAAAGAAGUGUUACGAGCAACCUUCAGUUACGGCCUCCUCACAAUGCAUGGGCAAUGCUGAUACUGAGAAAUUAUCUGGUGAUAUUUCCAUGAGCACGCUAACUUCUGUAGAGAAUUCCGUGGCUCAGCAAUCCAACACGUUUGUUGCAGAGCUUCAAUCUUCCAAUGACCUUUCGCACCAGAUGGAUGGUUCUUUUGUCUCCAAUUUAUUACCGGAUCAAGUAACUGCAGUUACCUCCAAUAAAGCUCCUGAAUGCGAACACUUUACAGAUAGAACUUCAUCCAUUAAGCCACAGUUUGAUACCAGUUCUGCUAUUCAGCUACCUUUGACCUCACAAAUUUUAUCAGAGUCUCCAGUACCAAAACCAUAUUCUGCUACUGCUCCAGUUAGUGCUACUGAUGAUGCUCAUUCUCUUACUGAGCUGCCUCCUCCACCGCCUCUCAUAAUUUCACAUGUCAGUAGUGCUGAGAUCUCAAUGCCUGCCCCCUAUAAUUUUGUGUCACAAAAUUUGUCCUUUCCUCCUAACUCUUCACUACCAAUAGGUUUUCAUCCUCACCAUGGUAUGGUGUCCAUUCAACCAUCUCACUAUCAAAGCACUUCUUUACUGCCUCCGAAACCAUUGUAUAAUUCAUUGGCUCCUGUAACUACCAAUGCUGGUAUGCCAAUGCAAUUCCAUCAGAGUCAUUUGUCUCAAGGACGUGACCUGGGUUCUCAGUCUGCUAUGAGUUCCCAGCCAUUGGAGCUGCAUUCUCAUUCUAAGCUUGGUGAGUCCCCUGUGCAAGAGCCUUAUAGAGCUCCUCCAAUGCACUUGGAUGAGAUUAGAUCAAUUGCCCCAGUUGCAAAUAAUCGACCUACUCAACCUUUUGGAUUCCCAAGCUUUCAGAAUGAAGAAAACCAUGGACGGACUUCUGUGGAGAUGAAUUCUUCCAGUUUUUUUCCUCAACGAAACUUUAGCGAUCACUCUAUGCCUGCUACAAAUGCAAAUAGAAUGCAACCUUCUGGGGACAAUUUUCCUCCUACUGAAUUUCGAAGUUCAUUUUCACAGUUUCAACCUUAUUCACGGUUUCAACAGCCAUUGUAUACCUCACAACCUGCACACGAUAGCUUGUUUCGUGACCCAAGCCAGAUUGGUAGUAUCUCUCGGCAUUAUCCCGAUCCUCUAAGCAGGAGCCAUCCGUCUUUGCUUCCUGAAUAUGGGGGUUUGGGAAUUACCACGUAUCAUAAUCCUUACGCGUCUACUUUUGAGAAGCCACUUAGCUCCAGUUUCAGAUCUAACUUUUUGAACUUUGGGAAUGAUGCACCUAGUGGUGAUAUAUGUAGUUCUACUUUCAAUAUGAGCAGUGUUCACAUCGAUGGGCAAGGUACUAAUUAUGUUGGAUCUAGGCAGACAGUUGCUUCUCCAAAUUCCACAAAACCUUUGGGGAAACUCUUGUCUGGUACAGACGGUGAUCAAUAUGAUCCACUCUUCGACAGCAUUGAGCCAUCAUCACCUAUAACCAAGAAAUCUGAUCGUGGUCAAAAGCUGAAAAAAGCAAGGGAAUCUGAUACGAUGGCAAGACUUGGUGGUUCCCAUAAACUACUAGAUGUGGAGGAGAACAACAAGCAUAAGGAAGUCGCUGCUGUGACUUCAACUACUUCUCUGGAGAAUGAUGAAUUUGGAGAGACAGGAGAUGCAGAAGCUGGUGCUGUUGAGAAUGACCUUGACGAUGAAGCAAACUUAUCUGGAGAAAUUGAAAUCGAUCAGGUCAAGUCCUCUGAGAAGAGCAAGAAAUCCAAAGGUUCCAGGUCUCUAAAGCUUUUUAGGAUUGCUAUUGCUGAUUUUGUCAAGGAAGUUCUAAAACCAUCAUGGCGACAAGGCAACAUGAGCAAGGAAGCUUUUAAGACAAUUGUCAAGAAGACUGUUGAUAAGGUAUCUGGAGCUAUGAAGAGUCACCAAAUACCCAAGUCUCAAGCAAAGAUAAAUCGAUACAUUGAUUCAUCACAACGAAAACUGACAAAGCUUGUCAUGGGUUACGUCGACAAGUACGUUAAGACAUAGUAACAUGAUGAAUGAAGGCUGCAAUGCUAAUGUGGUGGACUAUGAAUGCCAGGUUAUUAUGGUUGCUUCUCCUCUUGUUCAGUGUAUAUCAGGAAUCAUGCAUUUGUCCUGGACAUCAUCUGCAGUGGAUGGAUAGAUGAUAGAUCCAAGGUGUCGGUUGAAAUGUCGGUCAGAGUUAGUCAUGGUCCUGGAGAUUCUGGAGAAAGGAUGAAGCUUAUAAAAUGUCGAGCAUCGUGACAUAAGUUCUUUAGCAUAUGAUUCUCAUUAUAUUCCUGAGGUUGCAGCAAAAUAACAUGAAACAACUAAGUGAUGUGAUAUUACUUUGAUUUUUAUGAAAACUCUGUUCAUGCUUCUGGUUUAAGGACCCACUGAGGAACAUUGCAUCAUCCCUCAACCAUUUAGUGGCCAUUGACUUCCUUAAAGUUGCACUUUCCGGUCGUAUUCUCAAUUUAUGGAUAUAAGGCUUGUUUUCAGUGAGAUUGAUCUUGAGCUUUGGGGGAUCCUUAUUUUCUAUCUGCAACAUUUUGACUGUGUUGGGAAAAAAGGAUAGUCCAGCCUCUGAGUUCGUAACUCUUUGACUGGUUAUCAACGUUGCUGGAGAAUUCUGAACAGAAAGGGAGCUUAGAGAAUUAUUGCCUCUAUAGAUGAAAUUUGACUACUACCCUGGAGUUUAAUCUUAUGCGCACAUGGUUUUAUGUUUUCUAGAAGAGAAGCUAGAGAAGUUAAUGUUGGCAGUUGAACAUGUUAGUCUGAUCUUUUCUUGAAUUUUUAAUCUGUUUGGGGGGCGGCGAGAGAAGCAUUACAACUGAUUGAGAUACAAGGUUUGCAGUUGAGCUUCCUUUUCACUUGAAUUGAAGGAUGAUAAUUUUCAAAGAUUUAUCUUGUUCUUAGAGCUACAAGACACUCUAGUUAUGACACAACAUCUGUCAUGUCUUUUACUGUUAAGCCACGAAGUGAUAUAGUUUCCUCUAGCUACAAUCUGGUUGCUGUCAUUGAAGGCUAGAAUCUUGCUAAUCUUGUUUCCUGGUGAUUCAGCUGGGAGGAGACAGAUAUGGUUCCAAAUAUGGGUUCUACCAGCAAAAUAUGUUACACCCGUAAUGUUGUUGAGGAGCAACUUUUUUUAUAUCUAUUCCAUCUGAUUCAUUUAUUAAUCUAAUGUGAUAGUGCUAACAUAUUUUGUAACGUUUAGGGUCACUUUUUUGAACAAUAGAGGAGCUUAGUUAGGAUUAAAGGAUGGUAGAUUCAUCAGCUCCAUUAAUAUAUGUGAUCAUAUAUAUCACUUAAGUUAUGCUUAAUAAAUUCUCAAUAAAAUGGAAAGAUAGGUGGCAUAUCUUAUUUAAAUGUCCACUCCAUUUGAUCGA